AUGGCCCCCGCCGCGCCGCCGCCGCCGCUGCUGGCGGUGCUGCUGGUGCUGGGGCAGCCGGUGCUCGGGGCGCCGGGGCAGGGCGCGGGCACCUGGUCCCGCUUCGCCCGGCUGCCCUACCCGCAGGACCAGCUCUUCCUCCACGACACCUUCCCCGACGGCUUCCUCUGGGGGGCGGGCAGCGCCGCCUACCAGACGGAGGGCGGCUGGCGCCAGGGCGGCAAAGGGGCCUCCGUCUGGGACACCUUCGCCCACCGCCCCGCCGCGCCGCCGGGGUCCGUCCCGCCGGGCCCGGCGGGCGGCGACGUGGCCAGCGACAGCUACAACAACCUCUACCGCGACGCCGAGGGGCUGCGGCGCCUGGGGGUCUCCCACUACCGCUUCUCGCUGGCCUGGGCCCGGCUGCUGCCCAACGGCACGGCGCCCCUCAACCCCGCCGGGCUGGCCCACUACCGGCGGCUGCUGGGCCGCCUGCGGGAGCUGGGCGUCGAGCCCGUCGUCACCCUCUACCACUGGGACCUGCCGCAGGGCCUGCAGGACGCCUUCGGCGGCUGGGCCAGCCCCGUCCUGCCCCGGCUCUUCCGCGACUACGCCGAGCUCUGCUUCCGGCAUUUCGGCGGGCAGGUGCGCUACUGGCUGACCAUGGACAACCCCUACGUGGUGGCCUGGCAUGGCUACGGCACGGGGCGACUGCCGCCCGGCGUGCGGGGAGGCCCGCGCCUCGGCUACCGGGCGGCCCACCACCUGCUCCAGGCCCAUGCUAAAGUCUGGCAUCUCUACAAUGACCAUUUUCGUCCAACUCAAAGAGGAAAAGUGUCCAUUGCCCUUAGCUCCCACUGGAUAAAACCUCAACGUAUGACUGAAAAAGACAUAAAAGAAUGUCAAAAAUCCCUUGAUUUUGUGCUCGGCUGGUUUGCUAAGCCCAUAUUUAUUGAUGGUGACUAUCCAGAGAGCAUGAGAAGCAACCUCUCAUCUCUGUUGCCUGAAUUCAGUGAAGUUGAGAAGAAGUAUAUCAAGGGAACAGCAGACUUUUUUGCUCUGUCUUUUGGAGCUACCCUGAGUUUCCAGCUUUUGGACUCCCACAUGAAAUUCCAGCAGCUGGAAUCAAUAAGCCUGAGGCAGCUCCUUUACUGGAUAAGCAGUGAAUAUAACAACCCCCAAAUAUUCAUUGUGGAGAACAGCUGGUUUGUUUCUGGUAGCACCAAGAGAGAUGAUGCCAAAUAUAUUUACUAUCUCAAAAAAUUCAUUAUGGAAACUUUAAAAGCCAUCCGGUACGACGGAGUUAAUGUGUUUGGCUACACAGUCUGGUCCCUCCUGGAUGGCUUUGAAUGGCACAGGGGAUACAGCAUUCGACGUGGAUUGUUUUAUGUUGAUUUUCAAAGCCACGACAAGAAGUUGAUGCCCAAAUCUUCUGUUUUGUUCUAUCAAAAGCUGAUAGAAAAAAAUGGCUUCCCACCUUUGCCUGAAAACCAGCCCAUAGAAGGUAUUUUACCCUGUGGCUUUGCUUGGGGAAUUGUUGACAACUACAUUCAGGUAGACACGACACCCGCCCAGUUUCUUGACUCUAAUGUUUAUGUGUGGGAUGUUCACCAGACAAAGAAGCUUAUUAAAGUGGAUGGAGUUUUCACCUCGAAACGCAAGCGUCACUGUGUUGACUUUGCUGCUAUCAGGCUCCAGAUCUCUCUUCUGCAAGAAAUGCAUGUCACACACUUCCAUUUUUCACUGAAAUGGUCUUUAAUCCUUCCUUUAGGUAACCUUUCUCUAAUCAACCACACUCUUGUACAUUAUUAUCAGUGUUUUGCUAGUGAACUUCUCAGAGUUAACAUAACUCCUGUUGUUGCUUUAUGGCAACCUAUGGCUGAGAAUCAAGAGCUUCCAGUUUCCCUUGCCAAAUGUGGAGCUUGGGAAAACCCAGAAACCGUUCAGGCUUUUGUUGAGUAUGCCAAAUUCUGCUUUACAAGUCUUGGGGACCAUGUAAAAUUUUGGAUCACAAUGAAUGAACCGUCUGUGAAAAACUUGACAUACACAGCAGGGCACAACCUGCUGAAAGCCCAUGCAAAAGCAUGGCAUCUCUAUGACAAAGAAUUCAGGAGAUCUCAGAAGGGUAAAAUAUCUAUAGCUCUGCAAGCCGACUGGGUAGAACCAGCUUGUCCCUUUUCCAGGAAUGACCAAGAAGUUGCUGACAGAAUUUUGGAGUUCGACAUUGGCUGGCUUGCAGAGCCCAUCUUUGGGAAUGGUGACUACCCACAGGUGAUGAGAGCAUGGCUUCACCGAAGAAACAGUGUUGACCUCUAUAAUUUCCACUUGCCUUAUUUCUCAGAAGAUGAGAAGAAGUUAAUCCAGGGCUCAUUUGAUUUUUUUGCCUUGAGUCACUACACUACUACCCUUGUGGGCUGGGAGAAAGAAGAUGCACUAAAAUAUGACCACUAUCUUGAAGUUCAAAUGAUCAAUGACAUCACAUGGCUGCACUCCCCCGGCAGAGCUGCAGUAGUGCCCUGGGGACUGCGUAAAGUGCUCAAGUGGGUUAAAUCAAAGUAUGGCGAUGUCCCAGUUUAUGUUAUGGCUAAUGGAAUUGACGAUGGCCAGAAUAUGGUGUAUGAUAAGCUCAGAGUGUAUUACAUACAGAAUUACAUCAAUGAAGCUUUAAAAGCUUACACCUUGGAUAACGUUAACCUGCAAGGAUAUUUUGUCUAUUCUUUUAAUGACAAGACUGCUCCUAAAUAUGGUCUCUACAGUUACACUGCAAAUCAAUAUGAACCAAAGCCUUCUAUGAAACAUUACAGAGAGAUAAUUGACAAUAAUGGUUUUCCUGGUCCUGAAACUCCUGAGCUGCUGUGCCGAGAAGAGAUUGCCUCGUGUCCUGAAUGCCACUUCUUCCGAACCAGAAAAUCAUUAUUAGCCUUUAUCUCUUUCAUAUUUGUUGCUUUUAUUGUUACUAUAUUCUUUAUUACUUACUACUCCAAGAGGGUAGAAAGACGAUAUAAAUAGAGCUGCCCCUUUGAACACAUCACUCGCUGCCCUUUCUCUUGCAUCCUCUUGGGAAAUCUGAAAUAAGAGCACACAGUGUGGUGAUUGCUUCAGCACUAGGAAGGCAUUUACAUUGCCUGAUACUGCAGGACAUAUUGACACUGAGAAGAAACUGCUAGCAUAUGGCUUCCAGAAAUCGUUUUCUCUGGUUUAGUACAUUUGGUUUAUGACCAGUCCUUAAUUCCUGUGGUUGGAGUUAUCUCACAACUUUCUCUGGGACCUUUUGUUGAGCAGAUGCUUUCCCCUCCUUGGUUUUGCCUCACUGAGGAGUUGGACAGGUGAAAGUAUGUUUUGAAGACAUGGAGUGAUGGAAGGGCCUGAACGUCAAAAUUCUCCAAGGGAAGACUGGGGAGAAACUAAAUGGUUUACUUUUCCAAAUUAGGGUUUAAUGCUGAUGUUGCUUGAUCAGAGCCAGCACCCGACUGGAGCAGGGAACGUGACUGAGCAGAGACGGAGGAGAAUUGCACAAAGCAGCGCUGAGGGAAAGGGCAACCCCCUUUCCUAAAGCAGGUGCAGAGGGAAGAGCAGGGGGACACGAGUCUGUGCUGCUGGCAGCUCUCGGUAAAUCAGUGAACUACUCCGCAGGUUGCUGAUGGCUGCGCCUGACUUCAGGAUGUCAUCGGGGAACUUCAGCUAAAGGAACCGUGUCUUUCUCAGUGGGGAAAGCCGCAGGGGUAUGUCCAGGGAUGGCAGGGGUCAUGCCAGCUGAUUGGAAGAGAUGGGAAGGGUGAAAGGGCUUCUCUUUGAUUUGCUCAGUAGAAAAAGGAGAGAGCAGGAACCGGGAUGUCUUUGCUGUCCCGGUUGUCAGAAAGCUGCGUGCCUGACCCUGUCCCCUGUCGCCCUGUACCCACGGACACGGGGGGCUGGGGCUGGGGCACCCCGUUUCUGCACUUCUCGCAGCAAGUUGCACACAGCUGCCACUCUG